AUGCUGCAGGUGGAGGCGGCGCUGGCGGCGGUGCUGUCCGCGGCGGCGAGCCACGCGGCGCCGCGCGCCGUGCCGCUGCACGACGCGGUCGGGCUCGUCCUCGCGGAGGACGUCCGCGCGCCCGACCCGCUCCCUCCCUUCCGCGCCUCCAUCAAGGAUGGAUACGCCGUCGUUGCCGCCGACGGGCCAGGGGAGUACCCGGUGGUCACAGAGUCGAGGGCGGGCGACGACGCCCUCGGCGUGGUCGUCGCCCCCGGCACGGUCGCCUACGUCACCACCGGAGGGCCGAUUCCCGAUGGCGCCGACGCCGUCGUGCAAGUGGAGGACAUCGAACAGGUCCCCGGCGGAGCGGAUGGGGCCAAGAGGGUUAGGAUUCUGGCGCGGGCCGCCGAGGGGCAGGACAUCCGCAAUGUGGGAUGUGACAUAGAGAAGGAUUCGAUAGUGCUUAACUCUGGCGAGCAUAUAGGUCCUGCAGAAAUUGGGCUACUUGCAACAGUGGGUGUAACCACUGUCAAGGUGUACCCUCGACCAACCAUCGCUGUAUUCUCCACAGGGGAUGAGCUAGUGCAGCCAGCCACUGCCACCCUCGGUCAUGGUCAGAUUCGUGAUUCCAACCGAGCCAUGCUUCUAGCUGCUGCUGUUCAGCAGAAAUGCAAAGUGGUUGACCUGGGUAUUGCAGAAGACACUGAAGAAAGUCUCAAGGAGCAUAUGGAUGCAGCUUUGCGUUCUGAUGCUGAUAUAAUCAUUACUUCUGGUGGUGUUUCCAUGGGCGACAGAGAUCUUGUCAAACCUUGCCUGGCAAAGAUGGGUAAAAUUCACUUUGAGAAGAUCCGGAUGAAACCAGGAAAGCCAUUAACAUUUGCUGAGAUCACCACACAAGACACGCCAAAGCCAUCUAAAACAGUUCUUGCAUUUGGUUUGCCUGGAAAUCCAGUGAGCUGUAUGGUUUGCUUCAAUCUUUUUGUUGUUCCUGCAAUUCGUCUCCUCUCUGGCUGGUCAAAUCCUAAUCUGCAAAGGGUGCAUGUAUGCCUAUCACAUCCUUUAAGAGCAGACUCACAUCGUACAGAGUUUCACCGUGCAGUAAUUAGAUGGGUGCUUGAUGAUGGAUCUGGUCGACCUGGUUUUGUUGCUGAGAGCACUGGCCAUCAGGCUAGUAGCCGCCUCCUUAGUAUGAAAUCUGCUAAUGCUCUGCUGGAAGUACCAUCCACUGGACAAAUAUUGGCAGCUGGGACAUCUAUCCAAGCCAUACUUAUUUCAGACAUAAUAACUUCUCCUUUAGAUAAACUGCCUGCUCCCUCAAAUCCGCAUCCACCUCAUUGUGGUCCUUCUGCAAAAAGUAUUUCCACAGAUGUAUCUCAGAUUGCAUCUCCACAGGAUGCUGAAGUUAAAGUUGCAAUUCUGACUGUAAGUGACACUGUUUCAUCAGGUGCUGGCCCUGAUAGGAGUGGCCCAAGAGCUGUAUCUGUAGUGAAUUCUUCAUCAGAGAAACUGGGUGGUGCAACUGUGGUUGCCACUGCAGUUGUUCCUGAUGAAGUGGACAAGAUCAAGGGCAUUCUGAUACAAUGGAGUGAUAUUGACCAUGUUAACCUCAUUCUGACAUUAGGUGGGACUGGCUUCACACCCAGGGAUGUCACACCAGAAGCAACAAAAUCUGUGAUACAGAAAGAAGCGCCUGGUCUGACAUUUGUUAUGCUUCAAGAAAGUUUGAAGAUUACACCAUUCGCAAUGCUAUCCCGGGCCACAGCUGGAAUCAGAGGAUCGACACUAAUCAUCAACAUGCCUGGCAACCCAAAUGCUGUGGCAGAGUGCCUGGAAGCACUCCUCCCGGCGCUCAAGCACGCCCUGAAGCAGAUCAAGGGUGACAAGAGGGAGAAGCACCCUCGCCAUACCCCACACGCCGCAGCAGCACCUGUGGACCAGUGGGAGCGGAGCUUCAGAGCCGCAUCAGCUGGUAGUGGCAGGGGGUGCUCGUGUGAUCCCUGA